AUGGUCGAGCGUCUGGAGUCAGAUUAUGCUACUGUCGGAUUGAUAUGUAGCUUGCCUGGAACAGUUAUGUACCUAUUAAGUGUUGGCAUGUCAAUGACCUAUAUGCCCAUGGUGAUUGCACUGAAUGAUUUCUUCAGAGAAAAAUUCGUUUUGAUGAACACAAUCACGUUGUACGGCUACACCGCUGGAUCCAUGCUGCUCCCUAUUGUAACUGAAAGGUCAUUCGAAGCAUAUGGCUAUGUAGGGGCUUUUAUUAUCCUUGGCGGUAUCGCUUUUAACCUUGUCGCGUGCGGUGCAACGAUACACAAGGCACCAAGAAACGCAGCUACAAAUGAAGUCAAAAGUUAUAAUGAAAUGAAUGAGAAACAGAAGUGUCUCUCUGAAGGAGAAUCCUCGAAGCAAACAGAAAGCAUCCAUUAUCAUGAGGAGGAGGAGCAAGAGGAUAGUGAAGAGUGCGUCUUGGAGGAAAGGCAUUUGAUUCAAAACGAGAGACGUAACAUCAAUAAACAGGAUACAUCACCGAAUGCGCGCUCAUCUUGGACAAGCUCCGUCUUUCAAAUCGGCAAACGGUCCUGUGGACUAUUAAACGAACCACUCUAUCUCUUCACCAUCCCGAUUCAUUUCUUGUACAUGUUCUCUAUUUAUGCGUGGAUGCUGUUUCUGGUACCUCACGCUGAACACCUGGGAAUCCCUCCUUCUAAAGCAAUCUUCCUUUCCACAAUUGGCGGCAUAGGUGGCAUCAUCGGUCGGACCAUUUUCAUCAUCCUCGUCGGCAAAGGCAUCAAUGUUUAUAUCGUCUACAUCGCCAUAGUCCUCAUCGGCACGGCAUUAUUUCUGCUGGACUUCAUCGGUUCUGCUUACGCGGUGCGUGCUACCUUGGCUUUUGUCCAAGGUUUCUCCUUCUUCAUCGAGGAUACUAUUAUGUCCAGUUUAUUGAAAGAUGCAGUCUUUGACGAUCGGAAUUUUAACAUGGCCGUGUCUCUCAGUUAUCUGUUUGAUGUCACCCAGUCAUUCACGAUGGUGUUCAUCAUCGUCGGCUUCAUUCACGCCGUCAUGGUCGUUAAUCUCUUCAUCGUAUGGAUGCUCAUCAAGAGGCGACGACAAGAUGUCAGCUCUUAUUUUGACCAUUGA